CGGGGCUCGAUGGAGCCGCAACCACCUGAAAUUUUCCUCUCAUUUUUUCAUUUCUGAGGCGGGGCUCAGUCAGCGCCUGACCUGACGUGAUUUGACAGCCAGGACAGCACGGACACACCCGCUUCGUCCAAACCUCGUCCCCUAGACCUCGUCCCCUCCACAAGGCCCGCCAGUCAUGAGCUCGUCUGAUGGCAAGUCUGGUACGCCCAGGCGGGGGGCGUUUGCGAGGCAGAGCUGGGCUGGGCUGGCUGGGUGACAGGCUGACAGGCUGACUGGCUGAGCAGCACAGAGCCCAGCUACCACAGCUGAACACGCCCGUGCCCUCGAUGCCCGCGAUUCCCCUCGAGUUCGACACGGGCAUCCCUGGCCCACGAGGCGACGGCCUUAGCCAGCCUCUCGGGUACAUCGCUCGCUCACUCGUUCGCUCCUUCGCUCCUUUGCCUCGCCAGCCCGCCAGCCCGCCAGCCCGCCAGCCCGCCAGGCCCUUCACCGCAGAACGAAGCCCACAUGUGCAGCCCAGCCCAGCCCAGCCCAGCCCAGCAUGUGCCGAGGAAAGGGGGGAGAUUGAAAUGUCGCCCACCUGCCCGGCCAAGCCUUCCAGCCCCCACGCCGACCGUCAGCUACCCACAGCUCGGGCGCUCGAGGGCCCCAGCGCCCCACGACGGCGGUGGCAGGUGGGCCGGCAGGUGGGCCGGCAGCCUCGUGUGCCACCACAUGCCACAUGGGUGGUGGAGCCCUCAGUUCCCGAUCAGGGUCACCGCGCCUCUCGAUGCCCGUCGUGACGAGUCGAUCAGAGCGCGCAUAGGGCACUCGCCCCGCCUCGCCAGGAGUCAUGCAACUGGUCGUGGCCGCGCCAGAGUGUCGAUGGUGGGACUGCAGGAGUAGCACACUAAUGAGGGGCAAGGAAACGAACUGCCGCUGCUGCGCGAUGCUGCUAUAGCCCAUAGUGCAAUGUCGAAACAAUUAGUGGGCCUGGGGAAGAGUCCCACAGCCAAGGCUAAGGGCCAAGGCAGAGAGCCACCUCGGGGCUGCUCGGGCGACCGCAGUGGACGACUUGUCCGGACUGCUCGCGGACCACACCGAGCCAUCGUGACAACGUCGCUUGUUGCGUUGCCUUCACAACCCAGGCAAAGAUCUCGUCACACAGUCCUGUGUAGGCACAACGUCUCGGCCCGCGGCUUUGGUCGUCACAGAUCUCACAUGAGCCGGGCGGCUAGUUCUCGGGAAAUAAUAAGCAUACAUUGAUUUGGAAGUCCCAUGCUAGCUUCACGCGCGGAACAGCCACACGGCUUGAACUCUAGCACGGCAGAGGGCGGAAAAGGUUCAUGGUGGUGACAAGGGAUCUCCACGGCCAGCCAGCGCUCACCUUGGGCUCGACUUCAUCGCCGUAUGGGACUCUGUGAUGAAACCACAAACAACAGACUUUACACAGUACCUAUGCGAGCCCGCCCUCGGCUCCUCGCGAUAGGCCGGUGAGGGCCCUGGCCACCGAGGAGAGCGAGGUUGCACCUGUUUCAGGACCCCUGGUGCCAAAGGUCAAUAAGGUUCACCCCUGGAGCCGCGCCUAAGCCGACAUGUCCGUCCGUUGUCGAAUGAACGGUCUUGGCUCAUAAGAAACGAAAUCGAAACUUUACUACCCAUCGCCUAUUCCUCCUUGAGCGGCCAGUGCCAGGCAUACUCUGAUGGGUUGCCGUAAGCGACUUCGUCGGACGUCAAAGUCUGAGGGUAUACAUCCCUCCAUCUCCAUAGUGCUGCUGCUAAUGCUGCUUAACAUCCUGCCUCUGUCCGUCCCACUUGGGCACUCAAUACAACCAUACCGAGAUACUGGCAGAAAACGUUCACUAGCUUUCGGGUCGAGGCUGCCGACUCGACAAGGUUCAGCGGCCACACUCAGCCAGCCUGCAAGUCAUCAUCUUGCUUAAAAUGAAGUAAAAGCCCAACUUCUCUUCUCCGGCCAAUCCUGUCCUGUCCACCAACAACACACCGAAUGACCACAGGCGCGUGAUCCCCAUACAAAUCACCCGGUGGUUCUCACCACCCCCUCACUCGACUGUCCCCAUACCAGCACGCCUCAUUGAAGGCGAGGAAACGAACAGCCCAGCAUGGCCAAGGGACUCGAGAUGACCAACACGGAGCGGGCUCUGUUCGACUGGGAGUCGACCGUCGACAGCAUCAACAAGGAAUCCAUCGCAGGCCCUUCGCAGGCGGAGACGUCUUCUUCCACUCGCUCAAAGCGUCAGUCCAUGGACAUCGCCGGCAGUGUCUACCUGAUCGCUUCCGACGGCCGCCUGCUCAGUCUGCCCAUCCCGAGCCAGUCUCCCUCCGACCCUCUCAACUUUGAGAAGAGGCGACGGCUGUUUAUCUUUCUGGCCUUGAUGAUCCACUCCUCCGUCUGCAUGUUCUCUAUUCAGUCCCCUGGGAAUUUAUACGCCGCCUUCCUCAACAACUUCACCAAGGAGGAUAUGGCUCCGUUCUCAGUCGAGACCCUCUCCGGUAGCCCUACACUGAUGAUGGGACUGAGCUUCUUCUUCUGGAUCCCAUGCUCGGUGGCUUUCGGCAGGCGACCGCUCAUCAUCCUGUCCACUAUUCUCAUGUCCAUCGGGACCUUGUGGGCUGGCUUUACCAACAACUACCACCAGCUGCUCGGGGGCAUAUGCCUCACGGGCCUGGCCGGCGGUGCCACCCUCAGCGUCUCAAUACUUCAAAUCAUCGACCUGACAUUCAUCCAUGAACGUCCAUUCGCCAUCGCCACCUUCUGGUGCGUAGGCGGCGGCCUGCCACUGGUCCUCCUCGCCAACAUGCCCCUGAUGGUCGACGUCAAGACGGACUUCCACAGCGUGUACAGGGGCCUCGCCAUACCCAGCAUAAUCAUGCUCUUUGUCAUCUUCUUCUUCGUCCCGGAGACAUACUUCCUCCGCCCGCCCGUCGCCUUCGACGGCCGCGUCCUGGUCCAGAGCGGCACGGAAAAGGUCAGGAUGUACGAGGAGUGGUGGGACGUCCCCGGCGGCGACAACCGCUCCAUCCAGGCCAUGGAGAGCGGCCUCCCGAGCCUGGACGACCUUCCUGUGCACACCUGGCGCGUGACCCCGCUGCGCAUCUGGAAGCGGUCCAUCUGCGAGCCCCGCGCCGCCGCCGCCAGCUUCGUCCAGAUCUUCCUCUGCGUCGCCAACCCCCUCGUCUUCUGGGUCACCCUGCUCAACGCCAUCAACUUUGCGGGCAUGAUGUCCAUCGGCAUGGGGUUCCCCGUCCGCAUGGCCGAGGCCCCCUACUUCCUCCCGCCCCAGGCCGUCUCCCGCGUCAACUUCACCGCCGCCGCCGGCAGCUUCCUCGCCCUCCCGGCGUCGUGCUACCUGCUCAACAACGUCAUGAAGCGCCUGACCCUGCGGAACAAGGGCAUCCGCCACGCCGAGUUCUACCUGCCCGCCUUCGUCCUCCCCAUCGUCAGCGGCGCCCUCAGCGUCUUCAUCUACGGCUUCGCGGCCGCCGACAAUUGGCACCCGGCCUGGUACCACGUCGCCUACGGCCUCAACGCCUUCAGCUAUGCCUCCGCCAGCGUCGUCAACACCAUCUGGGUCGUCGAGUCCCUGCCGCAGUGGGCCGCCGCCGGCAUCGCCGUCGUCGGCGGCAUCAGCUACGUCGCCAGCUACGGCAUCACCGCCGUGCUCCCCAUGUGGAACGCCGCCGCCGGCUACGUCGCCGUCAACUCUGCCAUCGGCAUCGCCAUCAUCAGCGUCGGCCUCUUCGCGAUCCCGAUUGCCUUUUGGGGCAAGAGCGUGCGCCAGUUCAUCAACGGGCGGUUCUCUGCCUACGAGGGCGGCGCCGUGAGGCCGCAGUGAGUGUGUACAUGAGACUCAAAGAAGGAAGUCCACACAAAGAUAUCUACAGCGGCUCCAGGGGAGGCAGGCGCGCAGAUAAGGAGGAUAGAGAUCGAUUCAUUUCUCCUCUUCUGUCAAGGUUAUACAGAACAAACUGGGAACAGGGGACAGGACUGGGCCGGGAGGUUUCAAACAAUUUGUCAAAUGGGAAUUUCUUUUUUUAUCAGCGAUGGAAAAACCUGGCCAGGUGUAUCCUGUGGUGUUGGGGCUGGGAGGGUGGAAUUGGUUUCCUAUGUAAUAACCUACCUACCUACCUACUUUACUUACCUUACUACUACUACAACAACAAUAAGCUUCA